AUGCUAAAAUUUGCCGUCUUUAGCAGAGGAAUGGCUAACAGAGCCUUGUUACCUCGAAAAGUUGAUAUCCAGUCAUUAAAGGACAUACCGACGCUCGAUGUCUUGCAGAAUUUGGGAUUUAUAAGAAGAACACAAAGUGGGUUAUUUAAUUGGCUUCCACUUGGUCUGCGAACUUUGCAUAAGCUGGAAGCUCUAGUACGAAAACGUAUGGACGAGGAUGCUAGCGCCAUAGAAGUAUCUUUGAGUUCCUUAUCCCCCAAAAUCAAUUGGGAAAAAACUGGACGGUGGGAUAAAUCUAAUGAAUUAUUUAAAGUUAAAGAUAAUAAUGCUUUUGAAUAUUGUUUGACCCCAACCUGUGAAGAAGAUAUUACAUCGUUAAUGAAGAACUAUAUUAAAAGUUACAAAGACCUUCCUAUUACAGCCUAUCAAAUUUCUAGGAAAUAUAGAGAUGAAAAGAGACCUCGAGGAGGGCUUCUAAGAGGCAGGGAAUUCAUAAUGAAGGACGCAUAUUCCUUUGCAUCAUCCGAAGAGCAGGCAAUUGAGAUUUUUAACAAAAUGGACUCCGUUUAUGAUAGAAUAUUUUCUGAUCUAAAAAUACCAUAUAAGGCAGCUUAUGCGGAUAGCGGUGAAAUUGGUGGUGAUUUAAGUAAAGAAUACCAUUUCUUAAAUUCUUUUGGAGAAGAUACAGUUUUUUCUUGCGAUUCUUGUGGUACCAGUUCUACAAUAGAGAAGUGUAAUUCUUUACCGGAGGAAGAUGGGAUGUAUUCUGGUGAUGUUGGUGUUGUAUAUGGGCUUAGUGAAGAUCAUACCACUUUAGUAUGCUUUUAUUACCCCGCAGAGAGACAGUUUAACUGGAAUUUAGCUCAAUCUGUGAUGGAGAAUGACCUUGACAUGGCAUUAAAAGAUGUUGGUAAUGAUAAAAUAUUAGAGAUGUACCAAUCAGAGAAUGAGGAUUAUAUGUUUUCUAAAAUACUGAGAGUUAUGGAUGUACGUAUUAAUUCUAGGUCGAACUUCCCAGACUUUCCUUUGAGUAAGUACUUAAAGAACAACUUUGGCCAAAUUGAUGGUAUAUCCAUUGUUGAUGCCACUGACAAGGAAAUCUGUGGCAAAUGUGAAGAUGGUACUUUGCAUGCUUCUAAUAGUAUUGAAGUUGGGCAUAUUUUUCACCUCGGUGAUAAAUAUAGCAAGCCAUUUGAAGUUAACUUCAAAGAUGAAAAUAACUCUGAUGAUUCUAUCGUAUCUAUGGGUUGCUAUGGAAUUGGUAUUAGUAGACUAAUUGGUGCUGCAGCAGAAAUCGGUAGGGAUCAUAUGGGUCUAAGGUGGCCACAAGUGAUAGCACCAUACCAAGUUUCAGUGGUCACAAGCAAUAACGAAGGCAUGGUUGCAAUUAAUGACAUGAAGAAAAGUCUUAUGAAGAAUCUUGACACAUUUGAUUUGGAUGAUCUACACAGAAGCACGGGUUUCGGUGGUCGUAUUGCGUUGUCGCAUGCUAUUGGUAUACCAAUAUGUGUUAUCAUAGGUACAAAGAGCUGGCCAAAUGUUGAGAUAGAAGUUCGCGGUAAGAAAUGGGACAACGGUGACGAUACUCCAAUUGAAAAGAAGUCAGUUCAUUAUUCCGAUGUGAUUGAUACUGUUAACGAACUUUUGUUAGACUUGUAA